AGGCGGUGCUGUGUGCACCGCCGAGAGAGCUGCGAAACUCAAAUGAAGCUCCCACUCGGAACGGUCCUCAGUGCGGUUCGCUUCAACCCGGGAGAACGCUCUGCUCUGCUUAAGCUCGGCGCCACUCCGGCUGAAUGAAGGGCUCCGUCCAUGCGGAGGCUAGCGCUGGUUCUUCUGCCCUGUGCUCUCGCCGUACUGGUGCACUUGUGGUUGGAUCGCCGACGGUCUUCCACCCCGCUGGACAACGACUCGCUCUCGGAUGGGGUGGUACCAUUCUAUGAAGUUCUGGUGGGAGUUCUGUCAGCCAGGCAUCAUUACAAGCUGCGACAAGCUAUAAGGGACACCUGGCUGGGCUACUUGCGCCAUCACCCUCACUUCCAGCACAGAGUGGGGGUGAAGUUUAUCCUGGGAAAACAUGGGUGUCCCAUCCCAGAGGAGGACAGAGAGGAUCCUUACUCCUGCUCUCUACUCAACAUCACAGCGCCAGUGGCAGGGCAGGAAACGGAGAGAGAAAUCGUGAUGGUGUCCGACGCUGCGGUGCUUGUCCCCUCUGAUGUGUCUGCUGUUGCGCUGGAUUUUAAGGUUCUCCACCCGGUGGUGAUCACCAGGUUGGGGGUGUUUCCCCGCCGCACCCAGCCUGAACUUCAGAGCAACGUGACAGUGAAGCUCCUCCAGUUGGAUCAGGAGGAGGCUGUGGUGACGGCUCGCUUCAGCGCCGUCAACACAGGCACACUCAUGAGCGGCAUAUGGUACAAACCAGUGGAGCAGUUCAUCUUGCCCAAGGGUUUUGAGGGGACGCUGGUGUGGGAGAGUUCGGACUCCGACGGACUGACCACAGUCAACUCAUCUUGUGUGCAGCUCAAUGAUGGAGGAGGCGUCCUCAAGUUCUCCUCCAUUGCAGAAGGCAUCCUGCCCCAUAGAAGCGCUCUUGGAUUUCCUGGUUUGGCUGGAGGAUUCACCUUCACCAUCUAUGACGGGGACAAUCUGUCAGAGCUCCUGCGGGGCCGUCCAGCCAGGAUGGAGCACCAUGCCUCGGGGCUGAGGCAGGAGGAUGCCGCCUUGCAGCAGGAGAGCCUGAGGCACGGCGACAUGGUGUUCGUGGACGUGGUGGACACCUACAGGAAUGUGCCUUCCAAACUGCUUCAGUUCUAUAAAUGGUCUGUGGAAAGUGCUGACUUUAAUCUGCUCCUGAAGACUGACGAUGAUUGUUACAUCGACGUGGAUUCGGUUCUAAUGAAGAUCGACCACAAGAGUCUCAAGCGCAGCCAUUUUUGGUGGGGAAAUUUCAGGCAGAGCUGGGCAGUGGAUCGCAUCGGGAAGUGGCAGGAGCUGGAGUACGCCAGUCCUGCCUACCCGGCCUUCGCGUGUGGCUCCGGCUAUGUGGUGUCACGUGACCUGGUCCAGUGGCUGGCCAGUAAUGCGGAGAGUCUAAAGGCCUACCAGGGAGAAGACGUAAGCAUGGGCAUAUGGAUGGCAGCUGUUGGACCACAGAAGUAUCAGGACCCCAGCUGGCUGUGUGAAAAAGAAUGCUACCUGGACAUGCUGUCAUCCCCACAACACACGGCAGAGGAGCUGCGUGUCCUGUGGGACAGAAAGAGGACAUGCGGGGACCCCUGUGGAUGUCCUUGGGGACGCUAAGGUCUGGACCGCACUCAACAUGCAGCACUGCGUAAACACAUGCUUUUGACAUUUUGGCUUCUCUGCAUUCUUUGUACCUCAAACUGUGAUGUUUUCAUUGAUUUAGCUGUUCAAAUCCUCACAAUUAGACCACCAGGUCGUACUAGACUGUACCGUCAUCUUUUCAUCAUUUUACAAAGUUCUACAAUGCUCCGUUAUAUUCAUGAAUAAUUACUGGUACUCCUGCUUUCCUGUUCUUGAACUUACUCAUUAGCCUCAUUUCCACCAAGCAGUUCAGUUCAGUUUUGUGUUCCCAUCUUAAAAAGUUCCAAAACAUCCCCCUGGAAUGGUCACACUUCUCUAACUUUUUAUUGGGGGUACAAAGUGGAGGGAGGAGCUAAACACUCAAUCUAAACACAGAUUGCCACUUCUAAACCCAAUGAAUAGCCACCAUUUAAAAAUAUUGUAAAUCAUAAUGGUAAAGCGGGCGGCACGGCGGUCUAGUGGUUAGCGCGCAGACCUCACCGCUAGGAGACCAGGGUUCAAUUCCACCCCCGCCCAUCUGUGUGGAGUUUGCAUGGGUUUUCUCCGGGUACUCCGGUUUCCUCCCAGAUUCCAAAAACAUGCUAGGUUAAUUGGCGACUCCAAAUUGUCCAUAGGUAUGAAUGUGAGUGUGAAUGGUUGUUUGUCUAUAUGUGCCCUGUGAUUGGCUGGCGACCAGUCCAGGAUGUACCCCGCCUCUCGCCUGAAAACAGCUGGGAUAGGCUCCAGCACCCCCCCGUGACCCUCCUUAGGAAAAAGCGGUAGAAAAUGAAUGAGUGAAUGAUGGUAAAGCAUUUAAAGGGGAACUGCACUUUUUUUUGGCCAUCAUUCACAAACCUUCCAUGAAACAUGAACACGUUUCUUUCCCUUUUCUGUGCAUUCUAGCGUGGGAAAAUGAGUUAAUAUAAGCUAGCUAAACACAGACCCCUUGGAAAAUACCUAUUUUGAUGCUAUAGCCCUCACAAAAAAAACUAAAAAAACGCUAGCAGUGUACUGUUUACAUAAUUGACUGAUGCUCGUUUGCCAUCAGCAUUUUUAUACCUAAGGACUGGAGCACACGUCUUGUGCUGGAAGACACAGCCAUCCCAUUGAGAGCGGACAUUGUAAGUGUUGUCGUUGACAGAACUAGCAUGUGUAUCAAUGCGCCCUAGGAAAGAAGUUUGGGUAGUGUUUUAAAUCAAAAUACGGCAAAAUACUGCUACUAUUACAUGUUAUCAUCAGUGUACGUGUUAAUGCAUGAUUACAACAUGUAUAUCAAAUCAUGCAACAUUUUUUUAGAGGGCUUCAUAGUCGAAAUAGGAGCGUCCCAUUGUUGUGCAUUGUUAACUAACUCAUAUUAACUCGUUUUCUUGUGUUAUAAUGCACAGAAAAGGGAAAUAAAUGUUCACGUUUCAUAUAAGGAUUGUAAAUGAUAGGCAAAAUUCUUCUGUUGCGAACGGAACUGAGCCACUUGAUGGAAACGUGGUUAUUGACUGCAUUAUUUGCAGAUGUGUGACAAGUUUUCUGGCACACCCAGUUUGUACUGUAGGUGUCAUUGUGCAAAAUAGUGAUGUGGCCUUACCGUAUUUGUAAUAGCAGCCUAGAUUCCAUGUAGAUUAAUUAUUGUACUAUUUGCAACACCGACUCCUUGCAGCUCAUAAAGAAAGCGUCAAAGAGAUGAAUGGGAUUUCUUGUGUAUUUUGGGGACUGGCGCACAUUCCGGUUAUUGUGUUGAAUCCAUGUACAGAUGGAAUAUACCAGUGAUUUUCAACCACUGUGCCGCGGCACACUAGUGUACCUUGAGAAACCAAAUUUAUUAAUCAACAUUGGCAAAUAUUAUGUCAAUAGCCAUUAUGUCAAUAGUAUACAUGGACCCAAAUAUUCCAAUUGAAUUUGGUUUAUUUGCUCAAACGGAAAGAAUUGAACGGGGAUGGAAUAUUCCUUUAACCAAUCCGAUUGAGGUAUCUUGUGCGUUCUUCUUCGUGGUGUUUUUCUUCUUCUGUUGUUUAUUGGCGGUUUGGCAAGCAGCUUUCCGAUGCAUUACCGCCAUCUGUGGAACAGAAUCUAAACCCUUCUAUUCUUUAUUCACAAGUGCAGUUUUAUUAAAAAAGAAAAUAUAUAUCUAUAUAAAACAUGUCCUGAGUUUAAUUAUAAAAUAUUAGCAAGAUUGAAUUUGAUCUUUUCCUGUUUAAAUUUACCCCGGGUGCGUUCUUUCAGCGCAUGCUCAGAUAUGACGUAACACGCAGAUCCAGACGUUCUUCACUUUUAAAAAUGGAGGCCAGCAAUCGGCACUGGACUAAGCAAAGUUUGUUUUUGAUUCAAACUAAAUUUCAAGACUGGACAGACGAAAAACUGGCAAUACGGAGUUAUUCCAACAAGUGAAAGAAAAACUUGGGGAAGCCGGUAUCACGUGAUGUUGAUGUUUACGUUUUACUGGGCAUGCCCUAUUGACUAUUCUGGUUGAUUUUCACGGUGCAUGUAGACAAGAGAUUGGAAUAUUCCUUUCCAUGGAUACCAUUGUUUCCCGAAAGGUCAUUCGGAAAGAGAAAAAGUGGUCAUGUAAAAACGUGGCUACUGUGGAGUGUCUGUGGUGUAAAGACUGGCAGAGCAAUGUAAUAUUGGUCCGUGUGGCAACACCUACCUUGUUCCUCCGAUAGACUUAUUGAUGCACGUGUGAGGUCGUGGUGACAUUUUGUAACAUUUUUGGUUAGUGGUGUGCCACAAGAUUUUUCCAAUGUAAAAAAACGGGCCGUGGCUCAAAAAAGGUUGAAAAACACUGGUAUAUACAGUAUAUAUUUUUUUCCUCUUUCCAACUUCAAUGUCUGCUCAACAACUGUGAAGAAACACAGCCAGCAGAUGCAUUAUUCUGCUACUGAAGUCCGUUUUUACAUCUUAAACGGAAUAUAAAAUCACUCUGAAGCCGAGUGGCGGUUGUUUUCCUGGAGCUUGAAUUCAGCGGUGAGUAUGUGGAAGGUUUUUGGAUUGGAGAAACCACCUGCUUUUCUCGAUUAUCAUCAA